UUCCCACCCACGGCACGACCACCGACUGCCAGAAGUCUCCUCUCCUUCCUCCUCCCCGCCAGAAAGGUCACGCAAACAGCAGCAGGCUUGUCGCUGACUGACACAGCGGCAGUGGCACAAUCCCUACCAGAUUCCUUCCUUCUCGUCAAUGGUAGGAACGGUUUAUAUAUGAGAUGGUUAGUGAGUCAUACUCGGCUUCAACGAUCAGCACCAGCACCGCACCGCAGCAUUUACUCACUUCCUCGCUUAACCGCCAUGGGCGCGCCAGGCACAUCCCCCUUCCCAGGCAACAGCUUCGUCAUCCUCUCCGUCUCCGUCGUCGGCAUCCUGGCCACUUCCCUCCUCCUCCUCGCCUACUACCUCGUCCUCACCAGGUGCGGCUUCGCCUCCUGGCGCCGCGACCACGACGACGUCGUCGCCACGCAGCAUCACCACCACAUCGUCUACUCUGCGGAGCCAGCACCGAGCCGCGGGCUGGAGGAAGCGGCGAUACGGCGGAUACCCACGCUCCGGUACCGGAAGCCGCCAGUGCCGCCAUGCAAGGCACCAGAGGCCCAGGUGGCGGGCGAGUGCGCGGUGUGCCUCAGCGAGUUCCAGGAGGGGGAGAGGCUCAGGCUGCUGCCGCCCUGCCUCCACCUCUUCCACAUCGACUGCAUCGACGCCUGGCUCUACGCCACCGCCAACUGCCCACUCUGCCGGGCCGCCAUCUCCGGCGCCGCCUGCCAGCCCCAGCCCCACAUUACACUCAACCAAAUCGACACCGUCAACGUCAUCCAAGCCGACCACGUAGUCGUCGACAUCGCGUCGCCGUCCCGGGGCGAAACGAGCGACGUCGGUGGCGUACCUGCGACGGGAGUGAGCAUGGGAGACGAGCGCAUUGACCCGAGGAGGGACGAGGUGUUGGACGUGCAGCAGCCGAUGAGAAGGUCGCUGUCCAUGGACUCCAGCAACGACAAGCACCUGUACCUCGCCCUGCAGAAGGUCCUGCGCCACCACCACUCUCAUUCCGCAUCUCUCGGGGAAGACCGCAAAGGGGAGAGCAGCACCCCCGCAGCCGCCGCAGCCAGCAGCCGGGCAGCAGGGAGGUUGCGGCGAUCCUUCCUCUCGUUUAGCCACAGCCGGAGCUCCAGAAGUGCCAUCUUGCCAAUCUGAAACUAUGGUUCAAUAGUAGUAGUAAAUCACUACAUUGUACUCCUAGUACAUUGUACAUUACUUGUGGCUAGACUAGAUGAUUUGAUUGCUCAACUUCAGUUAUAUGACCCUCUCACUGUUUUCAUUUUUUUGGUUUUCUGUUUU